AACAUCGCAGGGUGAGAAGGAAGCAGAGCUUGGAAUGAACGCGCUGAAGAGCGCGCUCGCAAAUGAGGAGCUCAGAGGACAACACCAUAAGCGCGUCAGACGAAAGCACGAGAGACAACAAGGACAAGACCAAGAACAAGACCGUUGGGAUGUCCUAGGAAAUGCUUCCAAGAAGACCGGAAGAUAUUUUGUCGUGGAAGGAGGCAGGCAACGAUGAAUCCUGCAUGCGCUCUUUAGGGAGGGCUACACAAUAUCGCGAGACAGUGAGAUGCUGGCUGCGCUGGAGCUUUGUGAAGCGUGAAGGGCUGCAUGGCACUUUCUUUCAAGUCCAUUCACCGUUGCGCGGUUAUUGGACUCGGUGUUCGAAAGAGCCGCUGCCCCCAAGCUCCUACAUGCGCACUUAUCUUCAGCAUUUCGAUAAUAUCAACUUCGCACAAGUCGUAGUCGCAGCCUGGGCCAGCCAGCCGACGCCCAACACAUACCCAAACGUAGAGCUUGCUGCACGGACCAAACCGCAUGUUUCGACGCCUCUACUGCGCCUCACGAGUGGCCCCAAUCGGCCAUUCACCUUUGUAAGAUCGACACUGCCCGGCGUGAUUACCGUCAAGCAUGUUUGACAGCUGCAAAUACCCGUGGUCCUACGAGGAUUCUCAGAGGACAACCACAAACGAGGUCCGAUGGAUGUAUCGCGUGGUCGGGGGUAGU